UAAAUAGACUCCCACUGCAUUUCUCCUAGCCUCUAAGAAAAGCAUGUUCACAAUAUUACGAUUGAUUGUUGCAGGUGGUUGACCGAGUGCGCAAGCGCACGGCGAGGGGGGAUGCCGGUGCGCAAGGGGCUGCUGGCGCCCCAAAACACCUUCCUCGACACCAUCGCCACGCGCUUCGAUGGCACACAUAGCAACUUCGUGCUGGGCAACGCGCAGGUGCCGUCAUACCCGAUCGUGUACUGCUCGGACGGAUUCUGUGAACUGACGGGGUGGGCGCGGGCACACAUCAUGCAGAAGGGCUGCGCUUGCAAGUUUCUCCACGGCGCGGACACCCGGGACGAACAUCGGCAGGAGAUCGAUGCGGCCCUGGACUCCAAACAUGAACUCAAACUCGAACUUAUUUUUUAUAAGAAAAAUGGUUCUCCCUUUUGGUGUUUGCUCGACAUUGUUCCAAUUAAGAAUGAAAAACGAGAAGUGGUUUUAUUCCUCGCCUCAUUUAAGGACAUCACUAACACCAAGAUGGCCGCCAUGACCACUAAUGAGGACUUCGACAGCGGAGCCGCGGUGCGGCCUUCGGCUGGCGUGGUCACUCUAGCGUUAUCCCCAUUUGUACCCGCAGCGGCACUCUUGGGCGCCCGGUUCCGCGCUGAAUCUAGUUGCCUACUUCCAGACCCGAAUGGCAAUUUGGACCCUGAAGCGCCGUCGCCCGCCAACAUGGGCAGACGGCGAUCUAGAGCGGUACUUUAUCAGCUUUCAGGACAUUAUAAACCGGAAAAAACGAAGAGCAAAAUUAAACUUAACAAUAACCUGCUUCACUCAUCUGAUCCACCGCUGCCUGAAUACAAAACGUCAGCUAUCAAAAAAUCAAAAUUUAUAAUAUCACAUUAUGGAGUAUUCAAAACAUUUUGGGACUGGCUGAUACUUAUAGCCACGUUCUAUGUUGCGGUCGUGGUGCCGUACAACGCCAGCUUCGUUGAUGAAGGUCAUCCCAGGAUCAGCGUCACAUCUGACGUUGUGGUUGAAGCUUUAUUUAUUGUCGAUAUACUACUUAACUUCCGAACAACUUUUGUGAGCAAGAAAGGAGAAGUGGUGUCGGAUUCUAAGGCAAUAGCUUUUAAUUAUUUAAGGUCGUGGUUCGUGGUGGAUCUGCUGGCCGCGCUUCCCUUUGACCUACUUUACGCAUCUGACGUGUACAGCGGCGCGGAAUCUACUCACGGGAACGUGCAUUUAGUGAAGCUCACGAGGUUGUUGCGCUUGGCGAGGCUGCUGCAGAAGAUGGACCGAUACUCGCAGUACUCGGCCCUCAUUUUAACGCUUUUGAUGUUGUCAUUCUCGCUCGUCGCGCACUGGCUCGCUUGUAUCUGGUUCAUUAUCGCCGAAAAGGAAAUUGAAAAUCACAGAAACGAGAGCUGGGAUCUAGGGUGGAUAAACAAUUUGGCAGAGCGGCUCAAAGUUCCGGUGCCGGAGAUAUCACACAGUGAGAGCUACGUCACCGCACUGUACUUCACUUGCUCUUCUCUCACCAGCGUUGGCUUUGGAAACGUCUCCGCUAACACUUUACCUGAGAAAGUAUUUAGCAUACUUACUAUGCUCAUUGGAGCACUCAUGCACGCUGUUGUGUUCGGUAACGUAACCGCCAUUAUUCAAAGAAUGUACUCGCGCCGGUCCAUGUAUCAGAGCAAGUGGCGCGAUUUGAAGGAUUUUCUCACCAUCAAUCAAGUUCCCAAGGAACUCAAGCAACGCAUGCAAGACUACUUCCAAACCAUGUGGUCGCUCAACCACGGGAUUGAUAUUCACGAGACUCUAAAGGAAUUCCCCGAAGAGCUGAGAGGCGAUGUUUCAUUACAUUUGCACCGAGAAAUCCUAUCGCUUCCAAUUUUCGAGUCGGCGUCCCAAGGAUGCUUAAAGCUACUAUCGUUGCACAUUCGUAACAACUUUUGCGCUCCUGGCGAAUACCUCGUCCAUAAAGGCGAUGCGCUCACAUACAUUUAUUACAUUUGCAACGGUUCAAUGGAAGUAAUGCAAAACGAUAUGGUCGUCGCUAUUCUAGGUAAAGGAGACUUGGUGGGCUGUGAUAUGAAUGCUCAUUUGCAUGCAUACAAUAUGGGACAGUCACAAAAUAACAACCAAGACUCAGUCAUCGUGAAAUCGAGCAGCGACGUAAAGGCUCUCACAUAUUGUGAUUUAAAGUGUAUAGCUAUGAAUGGUUUAGCAGAAGUCCUUCGACUCUAUCCGGAAUACCAGCAAGAGUUUAUUCAGGAUAUCCAGCACGAUCUUACUUAUAACCUUCGCGAAGGCUAUGAAGCUGAACAAGAGUCAGACGGCAAUGGCCACCCCUCCCUUACCCUACCUUCCAUAUCAGAAGAUGAUGAAAAUAUAGCAGAGGAAGGUCUUUCCCCUAAAAUGAAACCACCGCCUCCUAGCAUCAAUAAUAGUCCUCGCCAUCUUAAAUUCAGACCAGACGGACAACGAUUAACGCACAGGGAAUUACGGGAGAGAAUAGAAAGACAGCGUUCCGUUGCAACGCCUAAAAUUACGAAAGCCGAUUCAUUGGAGGGAUUAAAUUUAGAAGUGUACAACACGCGGUCUUCUGUAGAUAGACUUGAUACGCAGGUAUCGAGCUUGCAUAACGACGUCGCCGCGCUCAGCAUGGAGGUACGGAAUGCAAUACAAGCAUUGCAGGAGAUGACGGCAGCACCGCCGGCCGGCUGGCACUCUGCGCAUUCUAAUCCCAACCUUCAGUGGAGCACUCCUCCCAAUCAACUCGCGCGCAGCUGUAGCCAUCCUCCUGACGUCUUCUGCUGGGAUCAGCAAGAACGGCCGAUCACACCUGACCGUCUGAAAGUACAUCGACACACGCAGACGGAACCCUUCCUUCAUUCCAUUACACAAUACAUUCUUGAGCACCCUGCCACAGUGAUGCUCUUGCUCGGCCUCGAACCGGUGACGACACUAGCACCGGCACCUUCCGCGGUCGACUACUAUGACCCUCGGAGUCGCAGACCCAGCACGCUGGAACAAAUCGUAGAAUCAGAGAACGGCAGCCAAACCCCCUCAAGUACAGCAAGCGAAAAGUUCGAACUCAACAGAAGCCUCAGCGAAAGCGUCAAAGACAUUGAUAUACAGCCUGAAGUGAAAAAACUGGAGCGGCAAGACGCAAAAAUAACUAAUAUGAAAAGGAAUAGGUAUUCUGCCAGUGAUCUGAGUGACGAGACGGAGCGGCUGCUCUCGGCCGCGUCCUCGCUGCCCAGCACUCGCAGCCUUAAGUUUAAUAUUAACAGUUAAGUUAACUGAAGACAAUUCCAUUUCCGCGAUGUCGUGUUUAAUAUUGUGCUCAUUAGUCUUUAGAACUUUGAUGUAAAUUAUUUACCAAAUAGAUUUAAUCAGUCGCGAUUAAAUCAACCUUGGGUCAAUGUGAUGAUGUUUCGAUACUUACAAUUAACUUAGCUAGGCCUCGAAGAGACUCUAUUAGGUGUAGAAGAUAACUACAUUACUUACUUAUAUCAGUUUAGUUUUAAGCCCAAUGAUGUCUUUGUUCAACAAAGUCUAAAUACUUAGAACCUUUACAAUACGAUUUUGUACAUAUCAUUAUCAUGAUUGUUUAACUUACUAUAAUUAACAGAAUCAGAGCUCUAUUUGGAAAAUCUCUAGUCACUUGUACUUAUUAGAUUUAAGAGAUUACGAGAGAGGUAUGUUGAGUUUAUGACAGCAUUGCCUACUCGUAUUUUAAGAGUCCCUACUGUUUAGUUUUAAGUUAUAAUGAAAUCAAUUAUUUUAAAGUUAAAUAUACAUCUUAUAACUAGGGACCCUGUAUUACUGAAAUGUCUUUAGAUCAAAGCAAGAAAAAGCAUAUCUAUAGCUAAAUUGUUGUAUACAUACAUACUCGUAUGAGCCCGUACCGCUUCGCGCGUGUACCUUUAAUAUUAUCUAGACAAUACAUAAUCUGUAGAUACGUACCUAUUACCACAACUGUCUUCGCGUCGAGGUAUUUAGGUGUACGACUUUAAAUACUUUUAGGUAGAUUAUAAACUUAAUUACACGUUUUUAAAUUUGAUCUCUAUAUUUCAACACUACUAUUUCAAUAACUGGACGUCUAUAAAUAGUAAUUUCUAUGUGGUCUUCCUGUAAAUGUAUAAAUUGGUAUUUUUGUGAAAAAGUCAAAAUCUGACUUUCUAAAGUGUAUUAUAUUUAUGUGAGAUUUGCCAAAUAAGGAAAAUAUGCAAUUAAACAAACGUGCCAAUGUUAAAGGAAAACUUAAUCAUUUAUAGGUAUUAUAAUCAUUGAAUGAAAAAGUGAAGUAUUACAAAAACCGUUUCGUAAACAGUAGUAAGCUAAUAAAAACCUCCGUCUACUAACGAGAUGAGCCCGUGGAUUUGAUUCAAAAGUUUGCUUUGUCAAUUCAACAAUUGACAUUUGUAAAGAGGAUACCAGGAGCUGAAAUUUAAAUAUUGUAGAUGAAUAUAUCCGUCUCGCUAACGGAAGCGGCUCCUAAAACUAAUGCGAUAAGGACAACGCCAGGUUAGGUGAAAAAUUGCCUCCUCCAAAACUUAACCAAAUGUAACGAAAUUUUGAGAUUUAAAUGGUAAUAAAAUUAUCUGUGUCGGACUGAUGUCAUUGAUGUCAGUUUUGAAUGCCAUGCUUCUCUUUUUGCGGCCUAGGCCGUUUUCACGAAUAUUUCAAAUGCACUAACGCCUUAACAAACAAAUAUAUCAAAAAAAGAAAAACAGUCCAACAGAGAUAUAAUAAAAGUCUGUGUUCAAAGAUCAUUGCUCUAACUUUAAAAACCACGGAUGAAACAGUCGAGUACGUUUGUAUGGAGAAAUUACCACUCCUGUUGCCUCUUUAUUAUUAGUCCUGGGAACAUUUCGACAUACAGUUUUUUGCAACAAAAACUCAUUAUAGGUACAAACUUUUUCAUCAAAAAACGUUGUUAGUUGUAGGUACAGUUAGUCCAUUCGAAAAGACCAAUUAAAUUGUCACUUUCCUCCACGAGCACUUAAUAGUAUUAAACUUAACAGAAGAGACACUGUAUAAUAUCAACUCAGCAUAGUUAAUCAUGUUUUCAAAUUUCAUAUCAAGUGUUCAAUUUCACGCAAAAUCAUUCUAGGAGUUACUUCAAAAUUUUAAAGGACAAAUUAAUUCACCAAAUUUUGAGGACAAUGGUCUUUAGUCUGCGUCGGCACUGAUUGUUUCAAUAGUACCUAAUGCGAUUGGGGUCAAAGUUAUAGAAUAUUAAGGUUAAUAAAAGGACAAUGGAGUAACAAAAUUGGUUGUUAAAAUUAAAAAUCAAUAAACGUGUCGUUGCCCACAGGGUAUUUAAUUAAAACUUUAGACCAGUUAUGAAGUUAUGUGGACUUCGAGUCUGUGGUUUUACGCGUUUUACGUCUCAUGUCUUACGCCCCCUGAAAAACGGUUCACGUAGCCUUUGUACAGGCAAAAUGUUGCCAUGACAAAAUUCUAGUUUCUAAGCAAGCACUUGUACGGUAACUUUUAAGUGCUCGGCCCUGUUGCCUCAUGUGAAUUACCUAUAAACAUGCAAAUUGCUGUAUUUAAGAUCAAAGGAUAUAAGGUGGGUGCCCACGUCCCAGGUAGCUGUAACAUAACAUUUACGCACGGUUUUCUGUACAACACAAAAUAGUUUAUUUUUCCUUUAAUACAUACCUACGCUAAAAUAAAACAGUAUGUGAUGCCUACAUGACCUAUAAAACUUAAUUUGCUAGUAUGAGCUGUCCGAACUGAAAGGCUAAAAAAACAUCGUACCGAAUAAAUCACACGCGAAUCGAAAAUUAAUGCACCUGGACACGUGCAACGUAAUAAAAUGAACCUAUCUGUUCGCCCGCCUCGGGCAUUUGCCGAUUUGGUUUGAAUAUGUAGCAAUCCGCUAGAGUGCUUGUACACUUUACAAUAAAUUCCAAUCGUUCCAUGUAAUUAUUCGCCCUUUUAAACUGUGUCCAUUAACGAUUCAUCGUAUCUGUUUUUUUACGUAUCCCGUGUAUAUUUUCGCUUGGCAAAAAAAAAUAUUUUUCUCCAUUGACAUAAAAGCAUGGGUACUAUUAAAUCAUAGCCUAGGUAAUGCCUUCGUACUAAUAUUGGACCUGCAAUAAGUUGUAAUUGUUUAUUGUACAACCCCAUGUAUUCAUAUUAUUUUUUCUGUAAAUUAUAUUAUAAGUAUGAAAAUUUUUCUACAAUAACAUAAUCCAACAUACUACUAUUUUACAUUUACAUACGGCUUUGCACUAUAAUUGGAGAAAAUCCAAAAGUAUACUCAUUUUGUUUUAUAACAAAAUUUGCGAGAAGUUAUUUGUAUCAAAUUAUUUAGAUGUGUCUUAUGGCUCCUCUACACGAUGGCCCAGCGUAGGCCAGUCUAAGGGACGUCUCUGAAUUUCGUACCCAGCUCAAGUGGCUCCCUAUUCGUCAUCGCCGUAACUCUCAUAUUCUUGUACUUCUUUAUAACAUUCUUUUCAACCCCUCUAUAUCUUAAAAAGCGUUUCAACUAUCUUUCCUCAGUCCGCUGUGCGGAGAAGCAUCUCCUUGCUCCACCACCUUCAUCAUCAAAAUUUUAUGGCAACUCUUUUACUUUUCGUGCUGUUCGGUUGUGGAAUGCUUUGCCAUUAGACAUUAGACGUGCUAAAUCCCUUCCCGUUUUCAAAAAUCUUUUGAAGACUCAUUUACCUUUCGCUGCCUUAACUUGCCUUUAUUUAUGAUUGUAUAAUAUAUAAUGAUGUAUAAUGUAUUUAUUUUAUUAGUAUGUAAGUAUGUAUUAUAUUGUUUGCGUCUUCAUUUUGUUGAAUUAUAUGUAUAUCGGCAGUACCCGUUCAAUGUUGUAACUUCAUAGUUUCCUGCUACCCAAAGGUUGUCUGGAAGAGAUCGCUUCUAAGCGAUAAGACUGCCUGUUGUUACCAAAAUUUUAAGUGUUUUUUUCAUUUCCUGUCUAUUUUUAACUGUAUGGUGCACAAUAAAGAAUAUUUACUUACUUACUUACGACAUGCGGUGGAAUGAGAUAGCAAUAUCACUUGCUCCCUCUAACGCAUAAAUGCGUCCCUUGGACUGGCCUACGCUGAGCCAUCGUGUAGAGGAGGCAUUAGCUCUUGUCAGACCUCCACGUCGAUCCGUCGUGAUGUUGUGCAGCUGUCCGACCCCGAGGUGAAAAGCAAAGAAAACACUUGCUCAGCGCUAUUCGCUUUCUUGUCGUCGAGGUUAGGACUGCUGCCUUAGUUUUUUUUACGCCACUUCAGUAUAUGGGAUAAACUGACUAGCAUUUCCCAAAACUUAAAAAAAAUAUUUUCUCAAAAAACACAUUAAUAUUGCCGCAGUUAAAUAGGAUUAGUAGGGUCAAAAUUAUUUUCUUUGUCUUGUUUUUUGUGCCCAAAAAGUGUGACGUAGUGGAGCAUUUUGUAUAAGACGAAAUUUCGUUUUUAAUUUUUCUCAAGAGAAUUAUAAUAUAAAGCUAGAAAGAUAUGCAAUAGCACUCAACUUUUUUUAUUUAUUUAAUAAAAGACAAAAUAAAAGCCUGACAGAGUGGUCAGAAACAAAACAACGAAAAUUAUUUUAACCGAGUAACGUCUGUUUUCAAAAAUUCAUUAAAUUUUAUACAUUACAAUUAGUUACAUAAUUUAACGAAAAUGAACACAGAUGGGUAUUCUCAUACGUGAUUGAGCUCUUACCGACCCAAAUAUAUCUUUAAUACCUAAUUAUUGUUAUAAGAAAGGAAACGCUUACUAGAAUAAUUGAGUAAUAAUCGAGAGUUCGUUGUAUAGAGCCUGUGAAUGUGAUAUGAAGAGGAAACAAGUGCAGUGCCUAAAUUUCAUUUAUGUGUGUACUUACUUGUUACUAUUAUUUUUUUAAUAAGACCUUGAAUAAUAUUUUACUAUGCAUAUGAACUACGCGCGUAAACAUUUUGUACAUAGCUAAUGUUACGAUGAAUCUAUAUCUUGUAGUACAAAGUAUUAGUUAUUGAAAGUUUAAUAAAGACGAAUUGAUGUUAA